CUUGGCCUAAGCUUUGUUGCUGGGAAGUUCCAAUUAAUAUUAUAAUUGUUGGAUUAAAUAUUAACAUAAUGAAUAAAAUAAUGAAACAGAGGUGGAAAAUGGAGGCCAUACAGACAUGUGAAGUGAUGGUGUACACAAAGAUCUUCUUAAAAUUUCCACAUAAGUUCUUGUCAUGUGGACCCGGAAAAGAGUUCUUCAUGUAUGCUCACGAGAGGGGGGGAUACUACAUGUUCUGGCAGCACAUGGAGAAUGCAUUCCCUGGUUCAAAUAUCCUGGUUGUAACGUUGACGAAUGGGGAAUCAAAACGUGUAGAAGCCCAGUCAGAUGAAGAAACAUUGAAAGAAGCUAUGGGGGUUCUUAAGAACAUGUUUGAACCCAACAUACCUAAUGCCACAGAUAUACUAGUGCCCCACUGGUAUAAAAACAGGUUCCAACGUGGCAGCUACAGCAACUAUCCAAUCAUCUUUAAUAAUCAACUUGUUCACAAUAUUAAGUCCCCAGUGGGACGCAUCUUCUUCACCGGUGAACACACAAGUGAACAAUUUAGUGGUUAUGUCCAUGGAGGAUACUUAGCAGGUAAGUAGAUUAUUGUAUCUUGUAUUUUUGAAUUGUAGGUUCCAAUUAUCAGGAUGACUUCUAACAUCUUAUUCGGGCUAUGUUAUUCUCUUGAUCAACUAACCGGGUAUCGACACUAGUAAAGCUCUGUUGGAUGAAAUAAGGAAAGAAAGAAAAACUGAGAAUCAAAAUCAUUUGUUAGAGCCCUUGUUAGCAUUGACUGGGUCGUUAACUUUGACGCAAGCAGAUGCAGUCUCAAGUCUGCACAAAUGUGAUAUUCCCACUCAAUUAUAUCUUAGUGGGAAACUCAAUAUUCCAGAAGCUAUAUUGUGACUAUAUGGACCUAUACAAAAAUGGCACUUUGUCGAUGAUGAUGAUGACGAUAAAAAUAUGACCAAUGAGACUGCUUGCCUAAUGGAUUUGGUUCUGCAUUCAGUUCAAGCCCUUGAGUCCAUCCAUAUGCUAGGAUGAAUUGAGAUACAAAAGGCAGGUUACGGAAGAAAUGCAAAAGGUUGCUUGGACCAUAUGUGUAGCUGCUACAUUCAUGAUCAUAAUAGAGCCGAGUUUUGGAUUCUUGAAGGGAUUUUGGUUUGGGCAUACGUAUAAAAGAUUGUUUAUUGGAAGGACUGAGAUUAAGAAUAGGAAAGGCCUUACAAUUCUAAUUUUACAUGUACCAAGUCUCACUUGACCCACUCUUAUUUCUAAUUCUAUUUGAAUAAUUGAUUAUGCAGAGAUUUCUAAUUCGUCCCAUCAAACCCAAUGGCAAUCUAAUUUUAAGCUAGUAAAUGAGGCCAUAAGUGUAUUAAUACUUUUAUCAUUGUAGACUCAGAUUCAAAAAAAGGUAAUUUAAAAUUCAAUGCAAUAUA